GGGUGUGGGCGGUAGGAGUGUUGGGGGUCAGCGCUGAGAUGGGGGCUUUGUUUUCACCAGGAUUAGUACUUCCGAAGGGACAUGACUCUUGUGUGCUGUGCCUUGCACAUGUGUGGGUGCUCAGAUGCUGCUGGAGGGUUGUCUAACUCUGCUUCUCUCUCUCGCCCCUGCAGGGGGUAGUGUAUGGAAGAUGUCUGGAACGCUGGACUGGACUCCCUGGAUGAAAAAGCGAAGGGCUCGAGUGCUCUGUGCUCUGGGUGCAGUACUGCUCUGCUGCCUGCAGAGCGGCGCCACUGUCUCUGGUCAGUCCACCGUCACUGUCUCUGGUCAGUCCACCGUCACUGUCUCUGGUCAGUCCACCGUCACUGUCUCUGGUCAGUCCACCGUCACUGUCUCUGAUGAGAUCCCAGUCUUCACCCAGGAGCCUCUCUCUGUGGUUCAGAAACUGGGGGGCAGCGUGACCCUGCGCUGCACGGCCCUCCCCUCCAGCGCCAACAUCAGCUGGCGUCUGAACGGCCAAGAGCUGGCUGGCGGGGCGGGCGGGGAGCUGGGCGUGGUGGUGGCACCUGGAGCCCUGCUCAUCCCCGCCCUCACCAACCUGACCCUGGGGAGGUACCAGUGUGUGGCCAGCACCGGGGCUGGAGCCCUCGCUAGCGUGCCUGCUAACGUCACUGCAGCUAAGCUCCGUGACUUUGAGCCAGACGACCAGCUGGUGAUUGAGGUGGAUGAAGGCAACACUGCCGUCAUCGAGUGUCACCUCCCAGAGAGCCAGCCCAAGGCCCAGGUCCGCUACAGCGUCAAGCAGGAGUGGCUGGAGACAUCGAAAGGAAACUACCUGAUCAUGCCGUCAGGAAACCUGCAGAUUGCCAACGCCACGCUGGAGGACGAGGGCCUGUACAAGUGUGCCGCCUACAACCCCGUCACCCAGGAGGUGAAGACCUCCACCUCCACUGACCGCCUCCGCGUACGCCGCUCCACGUCCGAGGCGGCUCGCAUCAUCUACCCACCGGCCUCGCGCUCCAUCAUGGUGACCAGGGGACAGCGUCUGGUUCUGGAGUGCGUGGCUAGUGGGACCCCCACCCCUCAGGUCACAUGGGCCAAGGACGGGCAGGACCUGCGUUUCCAUAACAACACGCGCUUCCUGCUCAGCAACCUGCUGAUCGACGCGGCGGGCGAGGGAGACUCGGGGAUGUACGCGUGUCACGCCAACAACGGUGUUGGUUCUGCUAACACCGCCACCGCGCUCUACGACGUCCAGGUGUUCGAGCCCCCUCAGGUGGUGGUGGAGCUGCUGCAACAGGAGGUGGCGUGGGGCGAGAGCGUGAGGUUCAGCUGCCAGGCCCGGGGCAAGCCUGCCCCCUCUGUGGUGUGGCUCCACAACGCCCGGCCCCUCGCCCCGUCUCCGCGCCACCGCCUGUCAGCCCGCGUGCUGCGCGUCCUCAACGUGGGCCCUCAGGACGACGGCCUGUACCAAUGCCUGGCGGAGAACGGCUUGGGCAGCUCCCAGGCCGCCGCCCGCCUCCUCACCGUGCCCACCGUUGUUCCACCACGUCCCGGCAAGCUGCCCAUCCUGCGACCCCUCAGCCCAGACAAGGUCCUGCGAGAGCAGGCCCCAGUGAGGCCUGGGGGUACGGGUAUCCUGCUCCCCCAGGACUGCUCAGAGCUGCAUGGGCACAUCUCCCCAGCAGAGGCCCCUGUCAUCCUGAGUCAGCCGCGCACCGUCAAGUCCGACUUCUACGAGCUGACCUGGAAGCCUCGCCACGACGGAGGGUCUCCUGUGCAGGAAUACAUCGUCAAGUACAGAAAGACCGGAGACCCUCCAGGUGAAUGGGCCACCAGCAGCAUCCCAGGGUCCCUCCACAAGCUCACCCUGGCCAAGCUGCAUCCCGCCAGCCUCUACGAGGUGGAAAUGGCCGCCAAAAACUGUGCCGGUCUGGGCCAGCCCGCCAUGAUGACCUUCAGAACAGGCAAAGGUCGCCGAAGCCCAGGGCCAAACGAACCCCCGAAGACUCCGCCUGUGCCUUCACCUCGCCUCUCUCCUCCAGAAGCGCCUGACAAACCCACCAUCUCUACGGCGUCGGAGACGUCCGCGUACGUGACCUGGAUCCCGCGCGGUAACCGCGGUUUCCCCAUCCAGUCGUUCAGGGUGGAGUACAAGAAGAAGGGAGCGGAGUGGGAGGUUGCCGUGGCGAACAUCCCCCCUUCUAGACUCUCUGUGGAAAUCAGCAGCCUUGAGAAAGGUACGUCCUACAAGUUCAGAGUGGUGGCUGUGAACGUGAUAGGGGCCAGCCCCCCCAGUGCACCCUCCAAGCUGUACACGGUGGUGGGUAGUGGCAGGACUAACGAGAGGCCCAUCGACGGGCCCUACAUCACCUACAACGAAGCCAUCAACGAGACCACCAUCAUCCUGAAAUGGACGUACACACCUCACAACAACACGCCCAUCUACGGCUUCUACAUUUUCUACCGGCCCACGGACAGCGACAACGACAGCGACUACAAGAAGGAUGUGGUGGAGGGAGACCGCUACUGGCACUCCAUUACUGACCUGCAGCCAGAGACGGCCUACGAUAUAAAGAUGCAGUGCUUCAACGAGGGAGGAGAGAGCGAGUUUGGCAACGUGGUCAUCUUGGAAACGAAAGCUCGCUCAAACCAGCCCUCUCCUCCGUCAGAGGUGCCCUCGCUCCGACCCGUGCAGCCUGGGGGCCCGGUGCCCCGCCCCAGCGACCUCCCCUACCUCAUCGUGGGCGUGGUCUUGGGAGUGCUGGUCUUCAUCAUCGUAGCCUUCAUCCCCUUCUGCUUGUGGAGGGCAUGGGCCAAGCAGAAGCAAACGUCAGACCUGUGUUUCCCUGCUGUGGCUUCCCCGGUCUCCUCCUGCCAGUACACCAUGGUUCCCCUCCAGGGCCUGGCCCUGGUCAAACAGUGCCCCCUCGACCCCCACCUAGCCCACCAACACGCAGUGUACCCCCCUAACGGAGAAUACACCCCCAAUGGGAAACCUUAUCACCCCACACACUGCCUGCCAGGACUGCACCAGGAGGAUAUGGAGUGUGGCUUGGAGUGUGACACGUUGCUGCCACAGACACUGUCAAACGGACACACACCUGGUUACCACUACUCAAACAGCUGUCCAGAGCACCAUGGAGAAGUCUGUUGUCUUCCUGAUGACUCCACCCUCCAGCUUCUCAACACCUCACACCGGCCAAUCAGCUGUCUGGAACUGGAAGAGGACGCCCACUUUUACUCCAAUAAUGUACCGCAUGCAAAUGAAAUCGCACGAGAUGCACCAUACAUUAUCUACAGUGAAGCGAUCAACGAGACGACCAUCAUCCUAAAAUGGACGUACACACCUCAAAACAACACGCCCAUCUACGGCUUCUACAUCUUCUACCGGCCCACGGACAGCGACAACGACAGCGACUACAAGAAGGAUGUGGUGGAGGGAGACCGCUACUGGCACUCCAUUACUGACCUGCAGCCAGAGACGGCCUACGAUAUCAAGAUGCAGUGCUUCAACGAGGGAGGAGAGAGCGAGUUUGGCAACGUGGUCAUCUUGGAAACGAAAGGUCUGCCAUGCUGUCCUCUUUUAGUACUGGAAGAGGAAGACCGAUCCACCAGCACAACAACAGUUACAACGCCAUUAUCCCAAGAUGCACCACUGCAGGAAGUGGAUUCCCUCCAAAGUUGAAAGUCGCCAGAGGAAAAAGGGACAAAAGACUCCUGAAAAGCUCUUAAAAAAAAGACGAGAGAAAAAUAUUUAUUUUUGUAUCACAGAUAUUUAUAUAUUUAUGCUUUUGUACAUAAGAGUUUUGAAAUGCUGUUUAUAAGGACAUGUUCAUAUUGAGAAAAAGGAUACGUCCUCUUCAUACAACUUAGACAAAGGGAGGAUCUGUUACCACGUUUUAUCAUCUGUGUGUGCACCAAGUCUGUUAUUGUACUUUUACGUCUGCAUUCCUUGGAGAGUCUCCAAGAUAAUUAUAUGCCUGGCAACUAUAGAUUUCCAAAUUCUAUCUCUCUUCCCAGUAUAUGCACACCAUCUGAUGCACUCUUCCAAGUCAUUCCAAUCUAAAACACUAAAACUUACCAGAGGGUUAUUUCAUGAAGUAGGUUCUGUAUCAUCCUGCUUUGUGGACAACAGAGGAAUCAGAACGCCUUCAUUCCGACAAAAUGGUGUACCUGUUGUGAUUUGAUGCUGUUGCUGCUCUCCACGGUGCUCAAGGUACAACUGUCCCAUUGUGUAUAGAAGUGACAUAUUAUGCAUUCUUCAUCAUUAACAAUGUAUUAACAAAUGUACGCAACAUAAAAGCACCCAGCCUCUGUAGUUAUAGCACAAAAGAGUAUAUAUUGUAUAGUUAUUUAUUUUUACGAGCCAGAUUUUGUUUAUUUUUUGUUAUCACUAAAUGGGAGAGAUUCUGGAAGAUAUCUGUAACACACUCAUAAGCUGAUUUUUAUUUUGGAGUUAAAUUGUUUCUGAAAUAACUUCUGUUUACUGUUUUGCUGGUCACCAAAGGACUGCCGAAUGAGGGAAUUAUGACUGUCUUGUCAGUGUUAUGCGUCCCAUGCAGUUUGGUGUGUCAUUAUUAGCCUUUCCUAGCGGCACUGGAGAUCAAAAUGAAGGAAUCCUCGAAUCUGUACCCCACUUUUAUUAAUGUGGCCAUUGUUGUGGUUACACAGGCUGGAGCACUAUUGCAUGUAAAUAAAGCUUAAGAAAUCCUA